AUGAAGUUGUCAAUGCUGGGAGCCAUCGCGAUGCUUGCUGUAGCAUCAACGGAAGCCUGUGCUAAGUACAAGAACUGCUGGGUGCGAGAGAGACCAGGUCGAAUACCAGGCAAGGUCCAGAACAACAUUGCGUGGGAUGACGACACGGUAAAGGCAUGUGCAGCUUCUUCGGGAGAGAGCGGAUACUACGGCCAGAACUUCAAGGAGUGCUACCGUUACAAGAAGAAUUUCUUUGCCUUCAUACCUUCGAAGGCUAUCAACAACUGUGACUGGACCAAACGAUGCCAGGAAGCCGGCGCUACUCGUGGUUGGUGCCGCGAAAAGAUCUAG